AGCUCUCACUUGAACUUAAAACUGAAUUUUACCGAAAGACAAGAUCGUGUCACCAUGCUUCGCCGAAGAAAGUAUCAACUAAUUCAGUUCCUGGUCAUAUCAAUAGCAGCAAUGAUAUUGCUCCUUAUCUUCCAUAAUACAACGGAACCCAACAUACUCUAUCAGCCAGAUAUGCUCCCGUAUCGUAUACAACUGAGUGAGAUUCAAGGGGAAUUGGUUUGGCCAAUACAUGAUGUCAGUGUCGGACUGCCUAUCAGUCACAUCCGGGACCUUGGUGAGAACAAAUCACGUGUUCUUCUGGUUAUAAUUGUAUCAACAGCACCAUUGAGAAGAGAAAGAAGAGAAGCUAUCCGACAGACGUGGUGGAAACAUUGCAAAGCCGAAGAGGUAAAUGGAGAAGAGCGUAAGGGUUUGCGGUGAUGCGGUUUUGCGGAAAUUUUUAUUUCAAGUUGCAGUAUUGCAGUUUUACAAAACCAAGCGGUUUUGCGGUAUUUAGAAAUUUUCGGGUAAUUCCAAAGCGGUUUGCAAAGUUUCUUAUGUUUUUCUGUGCGGUGUUUAUACGUAUUUUUGUGUGGUUUUGCGGUAUUCGUGCCCCCUUACGUCCCCCUCUAUAUGGUGAAUUUCUUACGUAAUUGCUUGUAGUACCUCGUAGAUAAAACUACAGUGACCAGAUUAUGAAAACAUACAGCUGGAUGAUCUUUAAGUUUGAAAUAUAUCCUGUUUUAGAGAGUUUCAGGAUACAAAAAACAAACAACAAACGAAGGCAACGUUAAGAGUUUAUAGAGGGGUCAGGAUAUUUAGCGAUAGAUAUUACGAGCCUGGAGGAGUAUUCCUUUAUGAAAUGUCUGGGGUGCUUGGCAAAAAAUUCCAACAUCAGUCCCAAAUGAAAACAUAAAACUUGCGUUAAAGGUGUGGCACAAAAUUUUUAACCCUAAAGAGGUACCUAACAAAUCAAUUGAGGGACUGAUAGUUACUAUUAUGGUCUGGGUCGACAUCCUUACAGCCCCCCUCAAAAGUUACAGCUACAGCUCCUGACUCGUCCCCAGUCUUCUCUGUUUAGAUCGAACGUGGAGAGGGGAACACGAAAAGCGUGACCAAAGAGAGGGCGAGGGGUGAUGGGAAGGACGAAAAUGAAAGGGAGAGAGAGUCUCCCCAGGCCUCUUUCUCCUUCUUAUCACCCCUCGCUCUCUCCUUUACCACGUUUCUAGUUGGUAUUAAUAGUAGACUGAGAGACGACUGGUAACCAGUCAGGCCACAGCUCUUCAGGUGUUCGAGUUAGAAAAAUGAUCUAAUGUACUAGUCUUUCAUGUCGCAUUUUCUCUUUGUAGGUCGCUUGUCAUUUCUUCACAGAUGGACGAGUAGUGAACACGAAAAUCCAGCGAAGUCUUUUAAAAGAAAGAUCACUUUAUGGAGACAUGGAAUUUCAACCGUUACUGGGCGGGAUAGAAUUUGGAUUACGCUUUCUGUACCACGCGAAGUGGACCGCGGCUAGAUACGACUUUCAGUACUUCCUUCGAGUGGACGAUGAUUACUUUGUAUGUCUUGAGAAGUUGCUUAAUGAGUUGCCGCUACGUCCUAAAGAAAAUCUUGUUUGGGGAAAUUUUCACUGCGAAAUAAAUGGCUCAUGGAUCGACGAGUCUUGGAUGGUGUUCUCACGUGAUAUCGUGGAGACUUUUUUGACGCAAGACGCGCGCACGAUGCUAUGUCACCCUCACGCUGACCAGCAAAUUGCUUUAUGGCUCAACAAAAUCUCUGAUAAGUUGUAUUUUCAUGACCACAGACUUAAUCAUUGGGUGCCUGAUACAUUUGACUGGCAGGCCAAGAACAUUUGUGAUAAGUACUUGGGUGUUCAUAAAGCAUUUGCCCCACGGAUGUUGCAGCUGGGGAAAGCCAGCGGAGAUGGCCCGCAAGAGGUUCCUCCAGUAUCUAACUUCUCUGUGUAUUGCGACCUCAAAACGUUUGACUAUAAGAUGUUCGAUCCUAGUUCAAUCUUUUUCUACGAACCCAAGCCUUGUGUUGAUAAUUUCUUGUGGGUAAAAAAUCAUCGUUUGUGGAUCGGACAGGAGGGCAAGGUCAAUACUUGA